AUGGACCUUUCACCCAUUCAGCCGGACUGGGUCCCAGAGAAUGCCAUCUUUGUCGUAGACGACAUAGAGCACGAAGCUGGCUGGACCUAUGGAGACGAGACAUUUGACUACAUACAUAUACGCCACACAGUUCAUUCCAUCAAAGACCGAGAAUUGCUCUGGGAACGAAUCUGGAAACACCUAAAACCAGGGGGCUAUGUCGAAAUUCAGGAGUUUAACUACAUCGCAGCUUGCGACGACGACUCAUGUGACGGCCCAUACGCCUGGAGGGACUAUUGUAAAUAUCUCUACGAAGGAAUGAUGGCCCUCGGCACAGAUUUACAUGGCAUCACUCACGUGGGGCACGAACUACAAGAAGCAGGCUUCGAAAACAUCACAACCAAAGCCUACAAGUGCCCACUUGGUCCAUGGGCAAAGAAGAAACGACUACAAGAGUGUGGCCAUGUUUUAAGAGAUGUCGUUAUGUUGUCUCUUCAUGGCCUGUCUCGAAAACCGCUUCGCGAUGGUCUCGGCUGGACGUUGCUCCAGAUCGAGAUGUUCCUCGUCGAAGUCCGAAAGUCACUGACUCAGGAAGUUAAUGGCCUACCCAAGUUCCAUACCUAUUUCCCUUACUUAAACAUUCACGCCCGGAAACCCCUGAACUGGCAAAGGCCGAUCAGGGAAGACGCGUGA